CACAAUCAUAUAAAAAUGAACAGCUUAUUGAAAAUUCGACUGGUUCGACCUGUUUUGGGCUUAACAAUAAGAAACUAUGGCAAGAUCGAGCGUUUUAUGUGGUGCCAGAAGGAAAUAGCUGGAGUUCCCAAAGUGGUUUUCUUAGACGGAAAGGAGAUUCCAGUAAUUGGACUUGGCACUUGGAAUAGCCCAAAGGGAGAGGUCACCGAGGCUGUGAAGGUGGCCAUUGAUGCCGGAUACAGGCACAUCGACUGUGCUUUUGUCUACCAAAACGAAGAUGAGGUUGGAGAUGGAGUUGAGGCCAAGAUCAAGGAGGGCGUUGUUAAGCGUGAGGAUCUGUUCAUCACUAGCAAGCUGUGGAACACUUUCCAUCGCCCGGAUCUGGUCAAGACAGCUGUGGAGAACACAUUAAGUGCCCUUAAGUUGAAGUACCUCGAUCUGUAUCUUAUCCACUGGCCCAUGGGUUACAAGGAAGGCUGCGAACUUUUCCCCACCGAUAAGGAUGGCAAGACACUGUACUCGCCAGUCGAUUACGUCGAUACCUGGAAGGCCAUGGAGAAGCUGGUGGAGGAAGGUCUGGUCAAGUCCAUUGGUGUCUCCAACUUUAACAGGAGGCAGAUUGAGCGCGUGCUUGAGGUGGCAAAGAUCCCACCAGCAACCAACCAGAUUGAGUGCCACCCCUAUCUGACACAGAAAAAACUGAUCGAUUUCUGCAAAUCGAAGGACAUUACGAUCACAGCCUACAGUCCCUUGGGAUCUCCCAACCGCCCAUGGGCCAAGGCUGGUGAUCCGGUCAUCCUAGAGGAGGCUAAGAUUAAGGAUAUUGCUGCCAAGAAGAACAAGACUCCUGGACAGAUCCUCAUUCGUUACCAGAUUCAGCGGGCCAACAUUGUCAUCCCCAAGUCUGUUACCAAGAGUCGCAUCGAGUCCAACUUCCAGGUCUUCGACUUUGAGCUGACGCCCGAGGAAAUUGAAACCAUCGAGAGCUUCGAGUGCAAUGGUCGCCUGGUGCCCUUGCUCAAAGAUGCUGGUACCCACAAGUACUAUCCAUUUCACGACGAGUAUUAAGCUUUAAGAAAUCGAUAUCUGCAAAGCGAGAAGUUAUAAAGAAGAAUUCUUUAAAUAAGAAAUUGUACACAUUGAAAACUGAAACUCUAUCAAGAAAAAUAUCCAAGUAUAAUGCUGAUCUACAUAAACAUGAACAUGAGGUUAACCCAGUACGGUCACCCCCACCACCCUUUCGAGAAGGACGAAUACUAGUAGACAACACAGUGCACAGUUCAAAUUUAUAAUUUGUUACAUAAUCAUUUAAUCUUUAACCAUGCGAAUAAACAAACAUGAAUAUUA